GCAGCUACGGCGACUGCGAGCAGAGACAGUGAUGGUGGUGGUGUAUUUUAUGCACAGAAGUGUGCCUGUGUGCGUUUUGUGUAUAUUGGGGGCUUCAACUUCAGUUCGUAGAAAUAAUUUUCGUUACGACGAUCACACUCGUUUAUGUAUUGCGAAGACGUGAAGACGUAGCGAAGGCCGCGACGCUUAAAUUUUCGCGCACAAUACAAACACUUGAAGAAAGCAUACAUGCAUAUGCACACACCUAAUUGCGAUUAGAAAUUCAUUUAAAACAUUGCUUAUAAAAAUUUAUUUACGAAAUUUAUAAGCAAAAAUCAACGUGUAGUGCAAACAGAAAUAAUUAACGAAAGUAGGGAAAAUGAAAAAAUUAAACGAAGAAAAUAUGGAAAGAGUGCAAAGGAAAUAAACGUGUGAGUGAAUGUGGCGUGAAACUGUGGGGAAGGCCCCUAUACAAAACGAAAUUAUCUGAUAUUUGUGCGGAAGAAAAAUUGUUUAAGUGAGGUUCUGUAGGUGAACUAAUGCCUAAAAACAUUUUGCAUUCACAAAUAAGAAAUAUUAAAUAGUGAAUUUACAAUAUUUAAAUGUUACAACUCGGUAUGCGGGCCGAUACUGCUGUUUAAGCGGAUGGGCAUCGAGCCCCGCUAUCGUUUCACUGUGUUCGCGUGCGUGUGUUGGUGUUGCUGUCUGUGCCAUGUUGACGCGACAAUACAGUAGCGUAUAUGCGUCUUGUGUCGAUUGAGCUAAAAAAAAGAAAGCCUACACAACAACAAAUUAAUAGCAACAAAACAACAGAACCACAGCACAAAGCAAAAGGAGAAAGCUUUGCUCACGCGAGAGGAAUACGAAAAAAGUAACUGUGCACACAUUUACAAAUUAAUAAUUAACUUGUGAACUCCCCCAUUCAAACGCAACACAAUUAAAACAAUAUGUAAUAACAAUAGUGACGUUAUUAAUUUAUACACAAAAACAAGUACAGGUGAUAGAGUGAAAAAUGUAAAACAAUAGAAAGCGAAAAGUAAUUCAGCCCUACAAGAAUUAUAAAAAAAAUAUGUUAAUUCUAAAUCCUACCACCUUUAACCCUCUGCUUUAUUGCUAUAUAUUUUAAAUGUACAAAAAGUGAUUUCGAGCGUUUAUUGUGAUUGACGCGAGAGAAUCAUUUGAUAUAUUCAAAAACGCACAAAGUGAAAAGAAUUAUAAAUUAAUAAACAUAAUCACAAAUUGAAACGAAACGAAGUAAGCAGAUAUCCCACUUGUUUAGCGUCAAUUUACGCUAAAUAAUUUUUCGGUUUUGUUGAAAUUAAAUCUGCCAGCUGAGAUAGACUCUGCCGCAAUGUCUGCCGAUAUACAGAUAGUCAGCGUGAUUGGCGCCAACGGUCAGCCACUGCCCAUUCAAGGCAACAGUAUCGGUUCGAAUUGGAGUGCACCUGUGAAGCAGGAGCGCGCCGAUGAAGCUGAAAUCCAAGAGUUGGCUGCCAAAAUGGUGGAAACACAAAAAGCAGCUUUGGCCAAACAGCAGCAACAGGCUGCGCAGCUGGCUACGCGACAACAACAACAAUUGGGCGGCAUGCAACCGGGCGCUCUAAACAAUACCAACCAACCAAAUAUUAUGAAUUAUUUAACACGCCAAAAGAACCUGCCAAACGGUACCAAUCCCAAUGCCAGCAAUGGCAGUGGACGCAAUGGUUCACAACAAAAUGGUAACGGCAACAAUGGUGAUGUUAGCAGCGAAAAGAAAGCACCAUGCGAUGAAGAGUCUCAGAAGGGUCAUUUUGGUUGGACUACAUUUGGCAAAACAUACAUUCCCUACAUUUAUCGACAGCAGGAGAAGUACUGUUCGGUACGGAUGAUUGAAAUGAAAUUAUUGGGCAAAUAUCUUAAUUGCUUACAUCCGGAUAUUUACUCGAGUUGCACAUGUGUGCGCAGCUAUUACAUUACAGAGGCGGAGGCGAGACUACUAAUUGAAAUCAAUAUAAAACACUGUGAUGGUGAAUUUGGACGAGACAUAUUCACUCAAAAGGAUUUGGUGGUGCGGCUAUCGGAUGCAACCAAGUUUUAUCAGUUCCUAGAUAUAUGCUAUCGCAAACUCAUGUCUGGUAGCAAGUCACCUUCGGAGAAAUGCGGUUUUAUACGCAUAAAUAAGGAGUCUGUAGUACCGUAUACGGUGCGCAACAACGAGCAAGUGGUGCCGCUUUUCUAUUUCGAAGGCGAAACAGAGAAUCUCAAACAAAAAGCCGACUAUCUGUCUGGAUGGGAUCUGGCAUAUUUGAAGUUUUGUUGCAAAGUUCAGGGCAUACGCAAUGAAUUGUUCUCCAGUGAAAAUGUUGCAGUCAUAUCACUCACAGACAUAAAAAGCUAUUUUCCCAAUGGCACCGAGUUUGAGGACUAUUGGCCCAGCAAAGUUGUUGACUCAAAUCUGCUGAUUGGCAAUCGGUCAAAUGCUAAUAAUUCUGUUAAUUGGACCCGCCAACCAUCGCAGCCACCUCCGAAAGUUAUGUCUCAAUCCAGUUUGUUACAAAAACAAACUGCUGCUGCAGCGGUUGCGGCACAGCAACAGAUGCUGAAACGUGGCGCCAAUGCUUAUGCAUCACAAUCGCCAGCAGCAGCGGCGGCGGCUGCCGCAGCCGCGGCCAUCCAACAACAACAGCAACAACAGUCCAAUCAACGGUUGCAUCAGACAAACGCCACAUUAGCGUCUGUGCAGGCUUUGACAAACAGCUGGAUGCAGCAACAACCGUUAAUACAUGCGCAAAUGUUGGCAUCACAGGCGCAACAGUCCCACCCAAAUUCACGUGCUGCUCAGUAUCAACGCAGUCCUAUGGAGAAUAUCCUGCUGGGAAACCGGCCGGCCUAUGCCUACAACAACCAAGCGAUUUCUAUGCAACCCGUGAAUAGUCACAAUCAAGCGAAUGCACCGCCACCUUUGGUGCGUUCAGGCGCAGGUCAAAGCGCCAACCAUAUGUCAAAUGUCGAGCAAACUAUGCUGCAACAACAAACACAACAGCAACAACGACAUUCUUCCACUUCCUCUUCCGCCUCCCCGCAUGCGUCUGUCACUCAUAUCCAAAGCCCCUCACACCCUCUUUCACAGUUGCACGCUACCUCCGCCGCUGCGUCCAGUGCUGCCAAUCUGUACAAUUUUAAUUUGCCCUCCACUGCUGCUGAUUUAGCCUUUUGGAAUCAAUUGACUCCAUCACAACGUCUGUUGCUCACACAGCAAAUCAAAAGUAAUGGCACAGUGGCGGGUACUGCUGCUGCCUCAAGCGCUGAGCGUUCGAAUAAUAGCGGUAUUAAUAUUAGUAAACCCCCUGCGUUUCCGAUCUUUCCCUCGCUACCUUUGGAUACUGAUCUCAAAACUAUGCUGGAUUACAAUCCACAUAAGCAUAGUAGCAAGAGCAGCACGUCCUCGAGUAGUUCGGCUAAUGGACAGUUUAUGAAACCAACGGUACCGCCUCUGAUACCGGUGAGCAGCUCAGCGGAUGUUUUAAACAAACGCAGUGCCACGGGUACAACUACCUCCUCCUCGCGUCAUGCAAGUGCGUCGUCUACGUCGGCUGGUGCGACAGUACCUUUAAAUUCAACGGCAUCAUUAGAAGAUUUUGAAAAGAAAUUCAAAAUGACGGACGAAAUGAAAGCUGUGGUACAGAAGGUACUUUCUAAUCCCGACUUGUCCACUUUCAUACAGACGAAUUCGUCACAGAAUUUUGUUCCUUUUAUGUCGCCCCCCAUAUCGCCGGCGCCAUCACUGUCCAUUGUGCCCAAUCCCAACGUAACCAUUACGCCACAUAUACCCUCCCAAUAUGCACAUUCACCGCACGCAUCCUCUGCUGGCAGUGGUUGUGGACGUCAGAAAAGCGUCAUUUGUUCGACGAGUGCAGCGCUUACUGUGCCCCCCUCACCUUCCACAUCAAAUUCCACUUCCACGCCUUCACCAUCGCCAACGCGAUUGCACGGCUCGUCCGGCGGUUCAGGCAGUGGUGCAAGUAAGAGUGGCGGCCAUUACUCCUCCCAACACUAUAAUAGCCAUCAACACCACCACUCCUCCCACCAUCACCACAGUCAAAAUCAUCACCAGAAUACGCCACCAAUGGAAGUAAUUGAUUUAUCUUCCCCCCGAAGGUCCGUUCAAGCUGCCUCCGCUUAUCUACAACAGCAGCAAGAAGUGCACCAAGCAGCAGUUGCCGCAGUACAACAGCAACAUCGCUUAGCUGCCGCUGCUCAACACCAUGCGCAACAAAAUGGUCGCGCGACAGGUGGCUCUUCGGCGAAUGCGAACUCGGCGAGCAUGCAUUUGCAACGCCAUGCUGCGAUGGCCGCAGCUGCCGCCGCUAAUAACGCGCAAAGACUGUCAAUCAUACCCGAAAUGCAGCAGUACGAGCGCGCAGCCAGCAACAUGGGCAAUCAACCAUAUAAAGUACAGAAGGUUUACGUGGACAAUCGGCUGGUACCUUGCAUCAAUAUGAAGGCGUACAAUGACUCCGAUCAGCUGAUGACGCUAACUGAUUUUCAGAAGAACUUCUUCCCGCACGAAUCCUUGGAAAACUGUAAAGUGCUGUUCGAGACAUUAGGUGUAGAGCUGUACAAGGGCAAUCGGCGACAACUUCAAGUACUAAUGGAAAAUGACCGCUCACAUAAUGAAAAUAUACCGUUGGUUCAAGUUCGCGACGUCAUGAAAUAUAUGAAGCAGUUAUUGUUUAUGACUCGAAACCAAGAUCAGCCGCAUUCUAAGCGGACACGCAUAAGCUAGGAAAUGGGUUGGGGAGCACAACAUAUACAACAACAACAACAGCAACAACAUCAGCAGCAACAAGCUCAACAACAGCUUCAGCAACAAUUGAAACACAAAUCACCAACGUCGUCAUCGUCGUCGGUGGCUGCUGCACAUCUUCAACAACAACAUCAACAGCAAAACGCAGCCGCGGUCGCUGCAGCUAUGCAUGCACCACUUAGCACACAUGCAGCUCCGUUGGCGCCACCACCACCUCAUCCUCACACGCACCCGCAUUCGCUUGAUAUGUUGUACUCCCAAAACCGCCAACAACAGCAACAACUCCAUCACUAUCACCAACAUGCACAACAACAACAGCAACAACCGCUUUACCAACAGAGCAGCGUAGGCAGUAACAGCAGCACUGCUAGUCAUGAUCACGGCUUUGGUUCAAAAGGCGCUGGCAACAGUUCAUCAACAACAAAAAACAAUGGCAACGCUUCCAGUGGUGGCAGUAGUAGUAGCUCGUCACGACAUUCUUCGGCAACUUCCAAUACUGCUGCGCAACAGUUGGCUGCAGCAGCCGCAGCAGAAAGUGCAGCCGCUUAUAACUUCCUGUGUGGUUCUGCUGCAGCAGCCGCUGCCGCCGCCGCCACAAUGCUAAGUCCACCACUAAGCGCCAACUCUACAUUAGCCGCCGUCAAUCCAUUCGCCAACCCAUUUGAUUGGUUAGGCGCAAGCACUGCCACGGUGGACAAACAAAUACGUCCUACUCCAGCUGAAAAGCAGGCGCGUGCGGUUGAUGCCAGCCGCUAUAAUAGAGCUUCUCAACAGCAAACGCAGCCACAACAAAACAACAGUGCGUCAGCUGCAACGCCGACAUCAACUUCGGCAGCAGCAGCGGCUGCAGCAGCUGCAAAUGAUUUCAUGUCGCUCUUCAGCGCCGCAGCCGCUGCUGCUGCAGCUGGUGAACACGCUAGUUCACAUCGUAGUUCUUCAAAUGCGUCUGCUGCAUCGGUGGCAAGUUCGACAUCAUCUACAGCGGCGGCGAACGCGAGCAGUAACGCGCAUAAACUUACCACAGCAGCGGCGGCGUCGUCAGCUGCCUUGGCUGCAGCCCAUGCGUCGUCUUUAUUCUCUCCACCCACGGCGGCAGCGGCCAAUGCAUAUCAUUUACAGCCGCCAAGUGCGGCAGUUGCUGCAGCCGCAGUGGCCGCCGGAACACACGGUCUGCCUUCGCCGACAAUAUAUCCGCCAACACCACCACCGUCAACACCCUGGAUACAUCCAUGGUACGCGGGGGGCGAGACGUUUUGAAAUUGACGUGGACGUGCGAUCUAAAUAGAAUCCUAAACACUGAACACUAACGGCGGAACACCCUGUGUUGAAAGUGGUGAGCGUAAGUGUGCGUUGGUGUUGUUUCAAAAUUAACGAACGAAUUAAUUUGUUGCCUACUUUUGAAAGCUGUUUCUACAAAUUGUUUUAUGUUGUGUUUUGUACAUUGACACAUUAUCGAAUAUAUUCACUUCAUAUUGAAAGUGAUCAUAAUUUAGACAAAUUUUUGUAUACCAAUAGUUUCGAUAUUUAACUUAUAUAAUUAGUUGAUACAGCUGUAUAGUAAAAUUUAAAGCUAUACAUACAUUAAGUUAUUUUAUAAAUUAAAAGUGAAGUUUGAGCCUAAACUUCAAAAAUGAUAAAAAUGUACAUCUCCCCAUAAACCAUGCAAAAAUAUUUUGCUGUGUAAAAAAAGAACUGAAUGCAAAUUUAGUAAUAAAAAAUAAAUAUGUGAACUGCAAUGGGUACUAACUCAAA